AUGGGUACACGCAUCUCUGAGGGACACCGUAACUAUGUGUUGAUGUAUAAUAUGCUGACCGGUAUUCGCAUCGCUGUCAGUCGAGUGACAGCCAAGAUAGAUCGUGCACUGACAGAUGAAGAUUUUGAUGCAGCUCAUAAAUUAGCAUUUGAUGUAAUUGGCGAUGAAUUAACACCAGGCGCAAAAUAUGAUUUCAAAUUUAAAGAUUAUGCUCCUUGGGUCUUUCGCCAUCUUCGAGAAAAAUUUGGCGUGGAUCCAGCCGACUACUUGAUUUCUUUAACAAGUAAAUAUAUAUUGAGUGAAUUAGGAUCACCUGGUAAAAGUGGAAGCUUUUUUUAUUAUUCAAGAGAUUACCGAUUUAUUAUCAAGACAAUUCAUUAUACUGAACAUAAAUUUAUGAGAAAGAUCCUCAAGGAGUAUUACAAACACAUCUGUGAUAAUCCAGGCACUCUCCUCUGUAGAUACUAUGGAUUGCAUAGAAUCAAGCUACCUCAUGGAAAAAAGAUUCAUUUUGUCGUCAUGAGCAACGUAUUCCCACCCAACAAAGAUAUCCACGAAACUUAUGACCUGAAGGGAUCUACACUGGGUCGCUUCUUACCAGAAGAAGAAAUCCGCAAAAAUCCAUAUGCGGUGAUGAAGGAUCUGAACUGGGAAAAGAGACAAAGAAAACUUCAGUUGGGUCCUUUAAAGAGAAAAUUAUUUAUUAGCCAACUAGUUCGAGACGUGACGCUACUAUCUCAAUUAAACAUUAUGGAUUAUAGUCUACUCGUUGGUGUUCAUGAUAUGCUUCGAGGCAACAAAGACAACAUCCGUGACUCUACACUUCAGACGUUCCAACCCAAUACAAAAUCGAUUCAACGAAGAAUCACUCAGAUGAGGCGUAGAACAAGCAAGGCGCAGGUUGUACGUGAGGCUAUUGCAGGCACAAACCCACAUAAACUUGACGUCUCCCAAUUACCCGAGGAAACACAAGAACGUCGCCGAUGUAUAUUCUAUACAGAUGAAGGUGGUUUCCAAGCAACAGAUGAAAACAAUCGACCUUUGCCUGUACUUUAUUCAUUGGGUAUCAUUGAUAUUUUAACACCUUACGAUUUAAAGAAGAAGUCAGAACAUGUUUAUAAAUCAGUCACAACCAAAGAUAAGCAUGGUAUCUCUGCUGUUAAACCUACACAGUAUGGACAACGAUUCUUAGAGUUCAUGGCCAGAGCAGUCUUGGAGCAUAAUGAUGAUAUACCUCAUGAGUUUAAACUCAAAUCAAAGGCCAAGCACUUAUUUUUUACUAGAUAA